ACUACUUCGUUCAUAGAAUAUUCCUAACAAACAAAUAUCGCGGAUUUUCAACCGUCAUCUGCCAUCUGCAAGUGCCAUCCAUUGAUUAUUUUUGAUUUUCAUGCUCUGUUUAAAUUAGAGCAAAAUAGAAAUUAACUCUCGGACAUAACGUUAAUAAAGAUGAGCGAAGAGAACGUACAACAAACUGAGUCCCAAGAACAGGAAGAAUCCCCGGCGUUGAGCCCCAAAGAGGCUGAAAAAAAAGAAGAGGAGAAAUUGAGGGCAAAAUACCCUAGUGCGCCUGGUGGACCUGGUGGUAGACUGGUAGGUGGUCAUUCUGCCUUUUUACAGAAAAGAUUAGCCAAGGGCCAGAAGUAUUUUGAUUCUGGAGAUUAUCAGAUGGCUAAACAAAAAAGAGACAAAUUGCCCAUCAAGGCACCAUUACCCUUUGCCGGAACGGGUGAGGCUAUACCAACCCCUGAUACGAUACCAGUACGAAAAACGUCCAUAAUGCAGUCGACAAAAUAUAAUUCUAAUACCAGUUAGUUUUGGUUCUUAUUUGCUUUGUCCCUGUUAAAUAUUUUUUGAACAUUUUUUUAUGUAACUAGAUGUGUAACUUCAAUUAUCUGUUGUAUAUUUAAUAUAGCUUAUUAUUAUCUU